CGCAGACCCCCAUCGAGGAGUUCACCCCCACCCCGGCCUUCCCGGCCCUGCAGUACCUGGAGUCGGUGGAUGAAGGGGGCGUGGCCUGGAGGGCGGGGCUGCGAAUGGGAGACUUCCUGAUCGAGGUGAACGGGCAGAACGUGGUGAAGGUGGGGCACCGCCAGGUGGUGAACAUGAUCCGCCAGGGCGGGAACAGCCUCGUGCUCAAGGUGGUGAUGGUGACGCGGCACCCGGAGCCACCCGAGGGACCCCGGCGCAGAGCCGCGCCCCCCCAGCCGCGCCGCCUCCCGGCCCCGCCCAUCUCGCUGCGCUCCAAAUCCAUGACGUCAGAGCUGGAGGAGAUGG